AUGCGCUCUCUUCUGACGCUCUUCCACCUACUCCUGCUGGUCGCAUCGGCGACCAGGAGUGUCGCCGUCCCCGCCGGCUCCAGCAUCACUCCUUCACCUCCGAUCGAACCUGUCUCGCUUCUCUCAUCGCCUUCCAACCCGCAACGACCAUGGAUUCGCCUUCGAGAUUGGGUCAUCGAGUCAAUAUGGGGUAUUCCCAAAACACACACUGCGCGUCCUCCGUCUCAGGAACACGCCGCACCUCCCCGGGGCUUCGCGCGAUACGGAAGUGACGUCGUUCUCCGGUUUCGUGUGCAAGAUACAAAACAGGCAGAGGCAUUGGUAGAGGCGACCGACGUCCUUUUCCUGGAUGUCUGGGCGUCUACCCCCGAGUUUGUUGAUAUCCGCCUGGCAGAGGAAGUCAUCCCUUCCUUGCUCGGGCUAUUGCCGGACUCGCUUCAAACUGCCUACACGCCUCUCAUCGACAACCUGCCGGAGAUGAUCUAUGCCACAUACCCCGGCCGACCUGUCGGACUCGACGGACAUCCUGCCGCUAGCCCCUCCGCUCGCGAAUCUUCGGACCUGUUUUUCCGCGAAUACCAACCGUUGUCGGUCAUUGUACCCUGGAUGCAGCUGAUGGCUUCGAUGUUCUCGACACAUGUUAAACUGACAAGCGUGGGAUCUUCUUACGAAGGCCGCGAUAUCCCUGCUUUACGACUUGGAGCCCCGCUUGACUCGCAAAGAUCGACCACACCGCGCCCGGUGAUCCUGAUAGUCGGCGGCAGCCAUGCCAGGGAGUGGAUCAGCACCUCUACAGUCACAUACAUUGCAUAUAACCUGAUGACUAGAACCGCCAACCCACCAGUUUUCGCUUCUGCCCCGGAGUCGACCUAG